AUGUCAUGCUGGGCGCGCAUCCAAAUCAAGAAGAGCGAGGAGGAGCUCAACCGCGGCUUCGGCGGCGCCGCCCUCCCCAAGCCCCCCGCCGCCGCCGCCGCCCCUCCGCCGCCAAAGCCAAAGCCCGCCGCCGCCGCCGCCGACGGCGACGGCAGCGGCGCGGACAGCGGCGACGACGAGGACGCAGCCGCCGCCGGCCCCGCGCGCCCGAUGACGACGAUCAUGCUGUUCGGGGACGCGAAAGCCAUCGAAAUCGCGAUGCGCAUGAUCGACGAGGCGCAGGGCAACAAGGAGCAGAAGGCGAAGCAGCGGGCGAAGGAGUACGAGCGGAAGAAGGACCAGAAGCGGCGGGACAGGCAGCUGUACCACCUAAGGCAUGCGCGGGAUUACGAGGAGCUGGGGGUGCCGAUAGGGGCCUCCAAGCUGGACGUGAAGAAGGCGUACAGGAAGCUGGCCGUCCAGUGGCACCCCGACAAGCACCCCAACAACCCCGAGGAGGCCAAGGCCAAGUUCCAGGCCAUCUCGGCCGCCUACAACAGCCUCAUGGCCUCAUCAGAGGACGACAGGGUGGAGCAGCUCGAGGCCAAGUGA